AUGACUCGUCGAGGCAUCUUCCUGCUCUUUGAGGGCGUGGACCGUUGUGGCAAGACGACACAGACCAAGCUGCUCCAUGAUGCCUUGAACGCUUCUUCCUCAUCUCAACCCUCCGCUCUGCUCCAUUUUCCUGACCGAAGCACAGCCAUCGGCAAGAGUAUCCACUCAUAUCUUACGAGCUCCGAAGCCAUGGACGACCACGUCAUUCACCUGCUCUUCUCGGCUAACCGCUGGGAGGCAGCAAGUAAGAUUGAGUCCAUCCUAGCCAGCGGUCAGCAUAUUAUCAUGGACCGUUAUUCGUUCAGUGGCGUGGCCUUUUCCGCCGCUAAGAGCGGCAUGUCACUUGACUGGUGCUGGGCGCCCGAAAUUGGACUGCCUAAGCCCGACGCCAUCAUCUUCUUGGACGUCCCAGUGACUCAAGCAUCAACUCGCGCCGAUUUUGGCCAAGAACGCUACGAAACCACGGCUUUUCAAGAAAAAGUUUACCGCAAUUUUUACGAUAUCAUGGAACGCGCAACACCAAAGUGGCACGUGGUGGACGCCACAGGCACUAUUGAGCAGGUGCAAGAGAAGGUGAUGGCAAUUGCCAAAGAGACAAUCAAAAAAUACGCCGAGUCGCCACUUACCCACUUUGAAAAGUUGAGAAAGUGA